GUAGCGCGGCUCCCGCCCCAAGGGCCAAGACCUCGACAAUUGGGCGUGCGCAGAUUUGACUGGAGCGAAGGAAGAGGAGGAGGCGGAGAGAGAAGACUCGCGUACGCGCCUCACCCACUUGCUUGUCCGACUCUCCGGUCCCAGCAUGCAGCGCGGCGGAGUUUGAAUGGCGCUGACUACGCUGAGUGGGCCCCGGCGCUAGGACUCCACCGCUGCCCAAUCUGGCGGCUUCCAUUUGAGGCCGGGCCAGUAGCAGCUCCAGUGGCGGCGCUGGACCAUGAGUGGCAGCAGGGAUUUUAGAGAGUAUGGCAUCUGAGGCCCAAAAUGUUAGAAAACAGAACCUAUUGUACCUUGAGGGUCAUCCAGUUGAUCUCCGUAGAAAAAGGAGCUCUUGUUUCAUUAAUGAGAACAUGAAGGAGGGUAAGAAACCUGCAAAACAUUUGGCUUCUUGCACAAGCAGAACAACAGUUGGACAAACUGUGACCAGCCCCCAUCCUCUCUUCAGAGUAGUAUACUGCAAAAGAAAAGUUCUCUAUUAUUCUCCAAAGCCUUGUUUCAGAAAGAAACAGCUCCCUAAAGUCAGGGGCCGUGACAUGGCCAAUAAGGAAAAUGAACUGGCAUGUGCAGGUAAUUUGCCAGGAAAACUGCCUGCUGAUGGUCGUACAUUCUUACUGAACUCCAGUGAUUCUGGCUGCUCUCAAGCAGAAAGUCCUUCAUCAAAAUAUAGCGGAUUUUUUUCAGAGGUUUCUGAAGAUCAUGACACUAUGGCACAAGUCCUCUUCAGUAGAAAUCUCCGAUUGAACGUAGCUCUUACCUUUUGGAGAAGAAGAAGUAUAAGUGAGCUUGUAGCCUAUUUAGUAAGGAUACAAGAUCUCGGUGUAGUGGUAGAUUGUCUUCCUGCCCUUACAAGCAGUUUACAGGAAGAAAAACCAUAUAUUUCUGUUGGCUGCUGUGUAGAUCUUCUGCCACUAGUAAAAUUACUGCUGAAAAGUAAAUUUGAAGAAUAUGUAGUAGUUGGUUUAAAUUGGCUGCAGGCUGUGAUUAAAAGAUGGUGGUCAGAUCUUUCUGCCCAUACAGAAAAGAUAGAGGAUGGAAAUAUUCAGAUUUUAAAACAACAAUUAAGUGGAUUGUGGAAACAAGAAAAUCAUCUUACUUUGGUUCCAGGAUAUACGGGUAACAUAGCAAAGGAUGUGGAUGCUUAUUUAUUACAGUUGCACUGACAUUCUUGGAGAAUAUAGUGUGUGUGUGUGAGUAUGCAUGCACAUGUAACUGUGUUGGCUAAAAAAGCCCUUCCGAUAGCUCUCGACAGUGUACUACGUUGAAAAUGACACCACUUUUUAAGAACUGUCUUGACCGACGAGGACUAGACCUUCGGUACUGUUUGCUAUAACCACUAAAAAUCCAUCUGCUUCACAUUGAAGUGGAAAAAUUUCUAAUAGGAGCAACUUUUACUUCAGUGAGGUGAAAAUGCACUAUGAAAACUAUAUAAUGCCUUAGAUGCAUUUGGGGAUCUGUUCAGUUAAUUGGUGAAGUCAUUAAAUGCUACUGUGUUUCUUCUACAUCACUGUAUAAAACAUCAAAGCUUAAUCAUGAAAAUGGGAUUACAGAACCAGUUAAUAGGAACCACAAGAGACCAGUCACCAUAAAUAUUUUUAAACCAUUAUUUUGCAUACAACCUGUAAAAUGUUUUUGUAUAUGUGUGUGUGUAUAUAUAUAUUGAAAAAUAUGUUAAAAACAUUCAUCUUCUGUAUUAAAACUUUGAAUUCUCUGCUAUAUUAAUCAAGGCAUUAAAGACUAUUUUUGUUGCACUCCUGAGAUAACUAUAUAUAGCAAGAGGCCUUAACUACUAGCAUUGCAAAUUGCCAGUAUUUUAAGAUAGAAUAUAGAAAGAUGAGAGUUCUUCAUUAAAAGUCAUCAGGGUAGUGUUUAUACACUGUGUACAAAUCAUUUUGAAACAGUUUGUGUUAUUAAAUAUUUGAGUAUUUCCACUAUUUGAUAGGCAUACUAAAAAUUUAGGCACAGAGGGAAAAACGCUUGUAAAUAUCAACAAAGGUGAAUCUGUGUACUGAGCAUUUUUUGUACUUAAAUUUUCUAGUGCCCUAUUCUGUAACCCUUCAAAUUACAUGCAUUUUCAAUGUUUUUACUGUGUUCAUUUCUAAAAUUAUGUUCAAAUAAUUUUACACGGGUCACUCACCCUACUAGGAGCCUCAUCUGCUGUACUCCAGAUACUUUUAUCUCCUGCUCCAGAAAUGUUUACAGCCAAGAUAAGUCUGUGCUUUUAAGAUUCAACAAAGCAUACGCUACCUCCUGGACCUAUGUUGCUGGGGAUCUUGCAGGCAUACUUGCCCUAUGGCUGUUUUCCUUAACAAUUACUCUUAACUGGAAGAGCAAUGCAGUACUUAACAUACAAAUGUUUAUAUCUAUAUUUUGUCAUACUAACUUGUGAUUCUUUAGUUCACUCUGCUGUGGUAUACCAGCUAGAUUAAAAAAGAGUUUGGCACCUGUUUUAUGUAACUAGUAAAUGUGCUUAUCCAAAUAAAAAAAUCUAUGCAGUGCCAGAUGUGCACUAAAACAGAUGUAUUUUUACAGUACAACCAGAUUCAUUGUUGGAUUAAUUUUUAUUAAAUAUGACUUGAGACUUUUA